AUGACGUUCACCAAAGAAGUGGUGUUACCACAGUCGGACAGACGACUGCCCUUUUUCGUGAAUCUUCCACCCCAUGAUUCUCGUCCCAUUGAUAACUUAGUGGAGUAUUUCAAGUACUGGAAGUACUUCAUUAAGGCCCUUAUUUUCUACUUCAAAGAGAUCCUGCUCGUCAAGGAGUAUGAGGCUAAUCUCAAUAUGCAAUUGCUUAAUACCAUUCAAUUCCCUGGUUUCAAGGAUUUACCGUCGAAAGUCAAGCACGAGAUUAAUGCUCAAAUCACCAAGCUGCCACAUGGCCUGGGAGCGCUGACGCCCACCAAGGAAAUGGAUGAACCCCCACGGCCGCUGUUGACACGUGAACGCAGCAAUAACCUGGUGUUAGCCCGCCCGGAGAAGGAGUUUCAGAUGUUGACCCAUACCAUCAAAAAGGGAGCUGGUCUCGCUACAGGGCACAAGAAGACGCGUUCGAUGGGGCACAACCCGAUGGGACUGGCGUCUUCGGUGUCCCUCUCGGCUCCAGUCUCGCAAUCCAAUGAUUUGAAUAUCCCCAAACUGUACUUUCCGGGCGACUCUCUUUUCUGCAACUUGUCGCCGAUGUUAUUACAACAUCAUGGGUCCCAAUGUACUACCAAUGCCAAGCUUGCGCGAGACUUGCGUGGCCGUCUUAUACCUCGAGCCGAAGCCUUACAGAAAAACCUUUCUGGAAAGAUUAAGGAGAUAAAGCAAACGCUCCGCAACGAUUCCUUUGCCAACACAGAGAUUCUUGAAGAAAUCUCCAACACCGGUAAGGUCGUCGCCGAAUUCAUGCUGCUGGUCGAGAGAUACAGUGCCCCAAAACCAGUGGUCAAGAAGACUAAGUACAUGCUGGGGUAUGACCCGCUGAGCGACCAAACAGAGUACAACGCAGAAGAAGAUGCCGCGCUUGACGAUCCUUUCCUCGUGAAGAUGCGUUUGGAUUAUCAAAUCAAGAAGCAAUUGACCAUGGAAAACUACAAAUUCGCCUCCUAUGUCAAUUUGCAACAAAUCUCUCACGAUUUGUACACUUACGUCAUUAAGGAUUUGGUGUUACUUAUGGAAAAGUUCGGGAAGCUUGAGUUUUCUCAUGAGAUUUACGAAUUUUUCAACAACAAGCUUCGCCAGCAAAGUGUUUAUGACUGGAGAUUCUUCAUUUCUCACAACAAGGCGUUCCUCAAUAUUUACGAGGAUAAUGAAGUCAAUCCCAAACGUGAGACGCGCUUGUUCAAGCAGAUUGUCGUGCCUUAUGGCGAUUCCAUCCACUCAAAGUGUUUGCGUACUGGUCCGAUGUACAAAAAGUCGAAGAUGCUCAAAAAUUACACCAAGUUCUACUACGUGUUGAGUGCCAACUAUUUGCAUGAGUACCGCGAAGAGGAUUGGAAAUUGCCUCAAAAGAAUGGCACUCCAAAAAAGAAGAAGGUGAAUGAAUUUGGUAUCAAUCACAAGGAUAUUCCCGUGAAGUCAUACAACUUGAACGAGUAUCAAAUUACCCUCAAAGACGAGGGAGAAUUCAAAUUCGUACUUUCGAAACGAGGGAAGUCGAUGCACGGUAAGGUUACUUUCAGAUGCAUGGCGUCAAACGACUUUUCAGGUUGGUAUAGUGAGCUUCGCGAGCUUUUGAGCUUUGAGGGCGAUCAUUUAGCACGUUUUGAGUUUAUUCGCCAAAUUAUGAAUCGUCGUGAAGCUGACAAGCAGACCCGCUUGAAUUUGAAGAAACAACUGGCCCUGAAGGAGCAUUUGGCGAUGCCGAAGGAACUGUUGCAUCCCCAAGUGUUUGAAGAUAUGUUUGAACCCCACGUGGCUACUCCCAGAAUCCAGCUGCCUGAGGAUGAAAUGAUCAAUCCUUUCGAAUUUACGACGGACUCCAACAAGGAGAGUCCGGAUACGCAAACACCCGACUCUACGCUGCAACCGACACCGUCUGCGACUACUCAUGAUCAAUUUAUGAAAUUGCAGCAAGCCGCAAUCCAGCAACAAUUGGGCUCUCAGUUGUCUGAGCGGUUGGCCAGCGCCCAAUUGACUAGCUCCAAUCAAUUGGUCACCCCCCGUGGUUCUAAUGAUCUGUUGAAGCUGAUGAUGCUGAUUCAAGCCCCUGAUGUGGGUAAAAUCCUUGCCCAGCACGAUACCAAGAACCAUGCCACAUUUUCUUUAGACGAUGAUCUGGAGGACCUGCCUUCAGCAACCAAAAUCACCCUGCCCCCGGAGCACCUGCCAACGACAUCCCUCGGAAACCCUAUUCUGCGUCAAUCGCCUGUUCCGACAUUGAGCGUAUCCCAUCAUGAUUAG